AUGUCUCCUAAAACGACUGCUAAAGCUGAAACAACCCAAAAUGAAACAACCCAAAAUGGAGAGGUGGUGGUGGCAUCGAAGAAUGCAUUUCUGUUACACUUGGUCUGUGGAUUAGGGUUAGCAGUGGCAUUUUGGUUUGCCCACAACAUCUAUGCUGUCAAUCUAGUUUCUGAUCCUGCCCAGACACUCUAUCUGAUCUGGGUUAUUGAGUGUCCAUUUGUUAUCAUACCUUACAGUCUCUUCCGUUGGAAUCCUGAGAAAUGCUCAUUCCUCAAGGCGGUUGUGCGAGGUUUUCUGGGGCUUCCUGCUGGGGCUCUUUUGAAUACAUUUGGAGCUAUUGUAUUGGGUGCACCUGUUGGAAGUCAGUACAUGAAGAGGACCAUUAAUUGGUCCCUUUUAAUGUCUUUGUUUACCGUUGUCCCUGCAGCUUCUGUUUUUGGUUCAUCAUGGAAGGAUUGGCAACGGUUAUUUGCAUACUCCAAGCCAACUGGAGUUCUUGAUUAUAUGAUCUGUAUACCGGCACAUGGAGCUGCUAUUGGAGCUUGGUUUGGGGCUUGGCCUAUGCCCCUUGAUUGGGAAAGACCAUGGCAGGAAUGGCCAAUCUGUGUCACCUAUGGAGCAGUGGGUGGUUAUUUGGCUGGAAUUGUGGUGUCUCUGGGUUUCACAGUAAUGUAUGGUGGCAGACAGCAACAUGUCAAAGGAGACUAACUUAUAGAAUAACUCUCUGAACUUAUUUCCUUUUUUUUUUUUUUUUUUAUCUAAUCAUUGAAGACAAACUUAUAGGAUAGCUCUCUUAAGUCAACACAUUUUUUAGCAUAUUAUUUAACUUUUUGGAUGGUUCUAUUGGAAAUUUGCAUGUGGUAAACAUUUUUAUUAACAAUGUAAGAGCUCAAGCAAUGGGAAAAUGAUA